AUGGUAUCCCCACACGCAGUGCCGCCACCCACAACCGUCGAUCCACGACCUGAAGCUGCGAAACACGAUGACCCCCACAAGCUUCGCAGGAGGUUCAUAGGCCCCAUGCCAGAAAGAGUCGCGUCUCAGUUAGACAGCACCGUAGUGGUGUCGCGAAAGGGAUGGCUUCGUCGCUUUUCUCGUCGCCAAGGAGACACAGACGAGGAUGCAGGAGUGCACGAUGCCAUUCGCGAAUACGCACUGCAGUUUUUCUUGGGCCAAGGUGGGCGUGAAGAAGACUGGGGAGAAAACGCGGAGCGGGAUGUGCGCGAGGAGAUGUAUCGCAAGUGGGAGCAGACCGAAUGGGCCAAGGCGCGUACACGUCGGCGGGAAGCCAAGUCUAGCCCAAAGCAGUGGAUAGGUACCUCGUUCGACGUCGGCGUUUUCCUGGGAGUCAACAUGUUUGACGCGACACGGACGAUCUACACCACAACGGAGGAUGGGAUGGACUCGUCUGCAUUGCAGGACGGACUCUCCCCACAAAUGGACUCCCCUCGAAACUCUUUCCCCUUCUCUAAUGGGAAUACCUACAGGCCAGGUAGUCCUAAUUCCGCGACGCCAUUGCUUGAGGGUUCGCCUUCUUUGGGAGAGGGGAAUCUUCGACCGCCUGAGCCCACGAGGACAAGGACCAGCAAAUCCACUCCUGGUAUGUCGACAUCUGCCAUCUCAAAUACCACACAAGGACAUCUCGACAUCCUGCGGUCGUCCAAGGGCAAGAAGAGGAUGGUUCACUACUCCGACGAGCCCACACCUCAAGAAGAGCCUGCGCCACCCGACCAAGUCUUAGCUCGAACAGACUCCCGGGUGGAAGACACGAGCGCCGGUGCAGCUCAACAUGCACAGGAGGCUACGACCGCCGAGCCUAAGGAUGCCGAGCCCGAUGUGGUCAUGAGAGGCGAGAUGCUUGUGCAGAUUUUCUUCACCGGCAUUGACAAUCUCGGUGCUGGCUUCGACGAAGCCAAAGCGCGUGUGACUCCGCACGUACAGUACUAUGACUUUUCAGAACACAUUGUCGCGUGGAGGAAAGGCCGCAUAGAGCUAUAUAAAAACUACUCCAUCCCAGGUCGAGAGUGGCUAAUCGGUCACAAACAGUUGGCAUUUAUCAUACCUCUGAAGACCGGGACACGUCUUUCUCUCUAUUCGUUCACCGACUUCACUUUUUGCUUGACGUGCCCUUACAGACUUUUGCGAGGGAAAACCGCGCUUAAGGGGCGUCUGCUGCUGGGACUGAAGGGAACAGUUGUUUUUAUAUUCAAUGUCAAGGCGCGUACAAGGGCAGCUGACUGGUUCUGGAAGCUCUGGUGCGUGCAAAAGCUGGGUGGAGAGCUACCGACGUCUGUCGAGCUAAGAUGUCCGCGGCUAGACACAAGAGUCAGAGUUGACGUCCCAUCCGGGGAAUUCAGCACUCUCGAAAAGGCUUACGCAAUUUUUACACCAGAGAACACGGUGAAUCUUUGCAAGCAGGUCAUGCAUUCGGUUGAAGACUACGAUGCCGUGAUUGGCAAGGCUCUCAGUGAAGGUUCCUCUCUGCAGCUUGCCUGGCGUGUCGAUGCAAGGCUGGACUGGGUCUGGCAAGCAGAGGACGUUACAGGCAAGCGCCGUGACUGGGCUGUCCUGUACGGCCUAUCCAUAAGACAGGCCGGAAAGCCGGUACAUCUCGAACUCCGGCUGGAAGAGCACCGCACGACGCGUCUGCACCUGAAAGAUGGCACACGACUGGACGAGCCGCCUGGUGUUGAAGGCUACCUGGAGCGCGUCCAGCCCAACUCUCAGUCGAAGCAGGCUCAGUAUCUUUCUAUACACGACGGCUACGUUUUCUUCGUCAAUGCCGCGCAAGCGCACCCACCGCCUCCGCCUGGCCCGCCAUCAGAGAUCAACGACCCCGAUGCCUUGCGCAAGGCCGAGGCUUCGCGUGGCGCUCAGCAGGUACUGACUGCGAACGGGUUGUGCGAUCUGAGGAGCAUUGUUGUAGUCAGGCGAGCGUUUCAAACUAUUCCGCGGCGCACAGAGGAAGCCGAUUCUCGUGACCAUCCGGAGUGGGAAGAUACGCCCGAGUUCUGGGAGGCGGUUGAGCAGGACGAGGAAGACCUCCGGGAUGCAGGAGGGCCCGGGGGUAUCGCGAAGGCAUCUGAUGCGACACAAAUGCGGCUUCGCCGGUCGUUCGAGCUGGUGCUCAAAUCGGGGAGCAUAGUCAGGUUCGAGGCAUACUCCGCGCAAUAUGCCCUCGAGUGGAUCGCGCGCCUACGGCCGCUCAUCUCGUACUGGAAGAAGCGUCACCAGGCCGACGCUCACAACGAGAUGGACGUUAUGCAUACCGCGACCGGCCGCCCGAGGAUCACGCCUCACAAGCACGUCGACAGCGAGCAAGACGAGCUCCCGGAAGCGCCGCCAGACCCUGAGACGUCCUCACCAGAGCUUUCGUGGUUCUAUGACUGGUGUCUGCUCGAGGGGUGCAGGCCGAUUAGCAAGACAGGACGGCUGUUUGGAAGAAAAGGGUUGAGAGGACAGUAUCAGCACAUGCAACUAGUUUUGGUCGCGGGUCACUUGGUUGAGUUCAAUAUAACCAGCACAUCUCUACACCAACGCAGGCGCGGUACCGUUCACCUGCUGGACGCGUAUGUCUGUUCAGGCCAUCUUGCAGCCCAGCACCUGCCGGAGGGACAAUAUCGCCCCGACGAUCCGCCCUUACCGCGACGGUAUCAAGACGGACUCGAAUCGGACGACCUCGACGAGGAUACUCUCUUCAUGGUUUGGUGGCAUCGAGUCGCAAAGAAGGUCCCAGAGACUUCUGUGCCAGCGCUGGCGGCGAAACGCAAGACAUCGGUCUAUAGGACGAGGAGCAAGCUAGAGCGGGAUGCGUGGGUGUGGGCCAUCAAGGCAGAGAUAGAGAAAGAGUUGAGAGCCUCUCGGGAGAGGGAGGCCAAGCUAAGGGAAGCAGGUGGAUUGAUGCCGUGA